GUGACCUUUGAGGAUGUGGUUGUGAACUUCAGCAAUGAGGAGUGGAGUUUGCUGAGUCCAUCCCAAAAGAACCUCUACAGAGAUGUGAUGGGUGAAAUCUUUAGGAACAUGGCUGCAAUUGGAGGACUUGGGGAUAUCCUGGAAGCUGAAAAAGAAGGCAAAAUUUACUGGAGAUACUUAAGAAAUGACAACCUAGGGAAAUCUUAUGGACAUGCAUCUUGGAGUCUGUGUAAAGAAGUAUUUUUUUGUACUGCAGAAGGUAAUGUGAAUGUGAAAGAAACAGAAACACACCACAAUGUUAAGAUCCAUGAAAAAUAUUGCAGUGGAGGGAAACCCUAUGUAUGCAAGCAAUGCGGGAAUGGUUUUACCACACAUGGAAUUUGUAAGAAACAUGAAAGAAUUCACAGAGGAGAGAAACCCUACAUAUGUAAGGAGUGUGGGAAAGCUUUUACAACAUGUACCUAUUGUCAAGUACAUGAAAGUCUUCAAUCUGGAGAAAAACAUUAUAAAUGUAAGCACUGUGAGAAAGCUUUCAGCACACGUAGUUAUUGUAUAAUCCAUGAAAAACUUCACACUGAGCAGAAAUCGCAUAUAUGUAAGAAAUGUGGGAAAGCUUUUAGCAGUAAAAUUCAUUGUCAAAUACAUGAAAGAAUUCACACUGGAGAGAAACCCUAUGUAUGUAAGGAAUGUGGGAAAGCUUUUACCAGACCUGGAUGUUUUAAGCAACAUGAAAGAAUUCACACUGGAGAGAAACCCUAUGUAUGUAAGGAAUGUGGGAAAGCUUUUACCAAACCUGGAUAUUGUAAGGUACAUGAAAGAACUCACACUGGAGAGAAACCAUAUGUAUGUAAGCAAUGUGGGAAAGCUUUUAACACACGUGCAAAUUAUAAGGUUCAUGAAAGAAUUCACACUGGAGAGAAACCCUAUGUAUGUAAGCAAUGUGGGAAAGCUUUUACCAGACCUGGACGUUGUAAGCAACAUGAAAGAAUUCACACUGGAGAGAAACCCUAUGUAUGUAAGGAAUGUGGGAAAGCUUUUACCAAACCUGGAUAUUGUAAGGUACAUGAAAGAACUCACACUGGAGAGAAACCAUAUGUAUGUAAGCAAUGUGGGAAAGCUUUUAACACACGCGCAAGUUAUAAGGUUCAUGAAAGAAUUCACACUGGAGAGAAACCCUAUGUAUGUAAGGAAUGUGGGAAAGCUUUUACCAGACCUGGAUGUUGUAAGCAACAUGAAAGAAUUCACACUGGAGAGAAACCAUAUGUAUGUAAGCAAUGUGGGAAAGCUUUUAAAACACAUGGAGAUUGUAAGAAACAUGAAAGUUCACAUUCAAUAUAAAACCAGUGUAUAUAGGCAUCAUGAGAAUGGUUUCAGCACACGUACAUAUUGCAUAAUGCAUGAAAAUCUUCACACUGGGCAGAAAACUUACAUAUGUAAGGAAUGUGGGAAAGGUUUCAGCAGAAAUGCUCAUUGUCCAAUACAUUAUAAAAUUUACACUGUUGAGAAACUGUGUGUAUGUGAAGAA